CCGAGGCCCAUGAAUUAUCAGCGGCACGUGCGCCCCUCAGAACGCGAGCAUAUAAAAGCCAUUCCCCGUCGCUGGUAGGGUUUUCCUCUCGCGCCGCCGGAACAGAAUCGACCCGGAGGGAGGAAGCAGCAGCAGAUCAGCGAGGGAGGAGUAGAGGGGAUGGCGGACAAGAAGGGCGGAGCGCCGAGGAAGGAGGAGGUCGUCACGAGGGAGUACACCGUCAACCUCCACAAGCGCCUCCAUGGCUGUACCUUCAAGAAGAAGGCACCCAAUGCCAUCAAAGAGCUCAGGAAGUUUGCACAGAAGGCUAUGGGCACGACAGAUGUCAGGAUUGACGUGAAGCUCAACAAGCUCAUCUGGAGCAGUGGGAUCAGAAGCGUGCCCCGUAGGGUUCGCGUGAGGAUUGCCCGCAGGAGGAACGACGAGGAGGACGCCAAGGAGGAGCUAUACUCACUCGUCACCGUUGCCGAGGUGCCUGCUGAGGGUUUGAAGGGGCUGGGAACCAAGGUCGUCGAUGACACUGAGUAGACUUUUCUUUAUCAACAUCGCUAGAAUGAGCUGUUAUUUUGCAUUGCACCAGCAUGUUUUUUGUAUCCUGCGGAAGUUUUGGAGUAUGGAAUAUCGCAAGCUAUCUAUUUUCCUUCA